UCCGGUCUUCUUCUGACCCAACGACACCCAACUCCUCCCUUUACCUCCCUUUCCUUCCCCUUCACGGAGCUGCGCUUUGUUGUUGGCAAGGAUCAAUCGAAGGAAACAGAGGACGAAGGAGGUCGACCCGUUGUUCGUUGCAGAGAAGAGGGCGAGGGAAGGAGCAUGACCAAGUACGCGGAAUUCUUCGAUAUGGGGGUGAGAAUAGCGGCCCGGUUCCACUCCCACUGCCCGCAGACCGCUCGCAUGUACUACAAGCCGCCGCCCACCUCCUUCGACGCCGACGAACCGCCGGCACCCGAGGCCGCCCGCCGCCAUCGCCCUCCGCCACCGCCGGCGACUUUCAGCGAAUGGCCGGAGGCCGAGUCGACGCCCCACGGAUUAGUCUUUACUCCGUUCGAGGAUUGAAAUGGUGCAUGCUCUGUUUCCGGCCGUUGGGAAAACAAAAAGGGGAUUUUUUUUUAUUUUAUCUGGAAAAACAAAUAUUUUGAUGAAAAGGAAAUGAAAAUUAAACGAUUAAUAAAUUAAAUAGUCGUGUCCCUCGAUGACCCCGGAGCACUGAUAUAGCGGUCAGGUGUUCGAUUGUCUCUUAGGUAUUUUUGAUUUAAUUAUUUCCGAUUUAUUUUGAUGACAUGUAAAAAAAUUUUAUAGGGUCGGAUUA